ACUGACACCGAGUGGUUGUCAUGGUGACCGAGAGACGCGGACCGAACGUCUCUGGCGGUCGAGCAAGCGCCUUGGCUGAUUCGGCCACUCUGUCAGCUGAGCUGUAGGUGGCGCUAUCGAGCUGGAGCGUGUGGAAUUCUUCGCCAAGUUGUGAUGAGGAGGAGACAAGUGACAGAAGACCAUGACGACGUCAGCAAGCUGCCUGACGCGCCAGCUGUGGGUCAUUCAGACAUCAUCGACCACAUUGCAGAAAAAAAUAAGAAGAAACACGACGAUGCAAUACAGCAACUUGACCAAGAGCUGAGAGCCAUCGAUGAGGACCACACAACUCAUGUUGUCUCGGUCAGUCGUCAGCUGGUGUCGUCUCUGAGGGACGUGGACGAGCGCUUGAACACAUUGAGGGACAGUCUGGAUAAACUUCAUGACGCCAGCCUGCAGGGUGUGUGUGAUGUGUGGGACCAGCUGCUGGAGGAGUUGUCCGUGAAGAAGAAAAACAUCAGUCAAUUCCGUCAGAGCCUGCUGGACAGGGAAUGUCUCCAUGGUAGACAGAUAAGAGCAAUCCUGGCCUCAUCCUGCCACGUGCUGGAGAACCUGAGCUUUCUUCCUCCACUCAGUGUCCGCCGACUGAUCCUGGACAAAGCCAUGGGCCUGAACACGUCUCUGUUGAUGGAGCGCCGCAGAAGUGCUCAGCUGGUGCUGCUGCUGCAGGAGGACGUCCUGCGGCAGGAGUCCCUCAUUCGUCUCCAGUGGGAGGACACGCUGUCAGGCUGGAAGACCAGACGGGUCCAGCAGGUGAUAGAUGGUUUCAGGACGUGUUGCCGUGGCGAUGAUGACGAGUGUUUGUGGGCGGAGCAACAAGUGUUUGAGAAAAUGAGACAACGCCUGAGUCACCUGACUGAGCGGCGCCGUGACAUCAUCACCGACAUCAGAGGUCUGGUCCCACCCUCUGUGGAGCUUGUCUCUGAUUGGCUUAACAAAAUGACGGCUGUCAAUCAACAAAUUGAUCGGUUCCACACCCUCCUGCUGGAGCAGGUACGGAACUGCACUGAGCGCGUGCAGGAGCAUCGUCUGGCAAAUAUUGUCCGCUGCAAGGAGGCCCUCGCAGCACUGCAGCUCUCAGAUGAACAGGUUUCUGAGGUUCUGAACUCAGAACUUCUGCCUCUGAUUGGUCAAAGCCAUAGGCACGAUGAAGAACGACAGACUGCUACUGAGGUCUGGUUGAACUCUGUCUCUCGCUCAUCCUACCGUCUCAGCAACUGCGUGUUUGUGGUGAUGCGAGCCGUGGCGUUGCUCUGGGAGAUGUACUGCAGCAGCGUCCAGAGACGAGAGCAGGAACUGGAUCGCCACCUGGACUUUCUCACACACUCCCAGAAGCCUCAGAGGAUGAAUAUAGCAGCAGAACUGAACUUGCUGCUCGCGCGACUUCGUCAAGAGAGCAACAUGGACGCUUUGCUGGCGGCUCUUCACCCGGAGGCCGGCAAAGAAACCACUGAGGCGGAACGGCGUCAAGAGGGCAAAAAGGACGGUCUGCUGACGGAACGGCGCCAGGAGAGUAAGAAGGAAACAAAGCUGUUGGAACGCCGCCAGGAGAGCAAAAAGAAAACGCUUCAGGAACAGAUGAAGGACAUCCAGCAGAAGUGGGGCUCACAGCAAGUGAUGGACCAAAGCAACUCGGUGUUGGACCGCCUCCCGUGGAUCUUCGUGGACGAACUGUCCUCCUACAGUCGAAAUCUGGCCACUUUCUUCCGCCUCAGUGACGCCUUCUCACCGAGUCCAGAAGAACUUCAGAAGCUCCGGCCCCGAUCCAUCGCCAACAUCAACAAGAAAGCCAACAACAAAAACACUCAGGAGCUGUCAGACGAUCGGGCUCCGCGGCGCCAGGACGAUGACGACCCCAUGACCCACGAUUGGCUGAUUGAGGCAGAGACUUGUCUGCGAGACAUCAGUGACUUCAAUGUGUGGGAGAGCUUCACCUCAACAAGGGGCGUGUCCUACACCGGCCCUGCCUUCAGAUGCUCCGCCCCCGACAUGCCGGACUCAGUUCCUCGGGAAACGGACCUGACGGUGUUUGACGUGAAUUUGCUCACUCACACACUCAGCUCGACUCGGACUUUGCUGUUGGAGCACCUGGAGGAGCGCUUCCACGUGGUGCUGACCUCCGCUGGCUCCAUGGUGAAGGAGCGCAAAGAGGCAGUGCGUUUGGACCAGACGCUUCUGAGCAAGGGGCUCAAUCCAGAACUCCUCUGCCUCCACGUGACUGAGCGGCGACUCGCGGAGCUGCAGACACAUCAGCAGUGCUGGGACUCGCACAGACAUCAGGUGACAGAAGAGUUGAAUUCCUGCUUUUCCGACUUCGAGCAGCAUCAGCUGUCAGUCACCUCCAGGAACCAGCUCAUCAGCGACAUGCUGACCUGCAUGGAGGGGGACGUGCAGACGGCCAAGACCAGCCGACGAAGGCUGUCGGAGCUGAGCUCAGCCCUUCAGGACGGAUUGGACAGUCACAUCCGAGACCUUCAGAACCUCCAGUCCUCCUUCAGCGAAUCAGUGCAAAGUCGAGUUCAGUAUUUGCGAGAGGCAACAAAGUCGCUGCUCGGCUCCUUCAGGGUAUUCAGUGAGGGGGGCCACUUCAGUGUUCCGGAGGUGAAGCACUACCAAAAACAGCUGGUAGAAGAGAACAGGAGGAUCAAGGAGAACGAAGAAGCAGUCCACGCCAAACUGGAAGACUUCAGCCGCACCAGCCAGCUGAAGGUGAAAGUGGCCUCUGCGCGACUGGAGGAAAAGUUAUCCAUCAUGCUGUCAGAAGCUGAGUUUCAGGAGAAGGUCCAAGAUAUUAUUACCCGGAGUAGACUUCAGAUGAAGGCUGAGGAAGCCACCAGCGUCCAGCAGCAGUUGAGGAUUAGAGGAAAGCUGGAGCAGCUGAGGAGAAUGAUGGACGACCCGCAGGAAUCCCCUGAUGAAGUAUGUUCGUUCCUGUCCUCCAUCAUCGAUGACCUAAACCGCCGACGCCACUAUCUGGACCACCCACUGGACCCUUCUGAAGGCCAGGCCCCGGAGCAGGAGGUCUAUCUCCAGCUAGCACCUCUCAGUUCCAAAAAGCAGGUGCAGGCUGAGACGCCCUUUGGGUUCCUGCAGCCGUCCAUGGCCAAAACCUGCAUGCUGAAUGACCAAGUUGUGGGCGUGGUCAAAUCCCUUGGUAAAGUGAAGGGGGGCACAGAUCCGGCAGGAGACCCAGGCAUGAGGUCAGAGAAUAAAGUUCACGAGGUCCAAAGUUCGGAGUCUGGUCGACACAGAAGUCACAGGUCUGGCGGGGCAGACAAGCGAAUCCAGGUGUUUGGAUCCAGACCGGCGCCGGACCAGACCCCAGAGUCCUUCCUUGCUAUUGUGACGUCGCUGCUGUGGAGAGCCAAUGACGUGCUGAUGCAGGAGGCGGAGGAGUUCUACCAGACGGAACGCCGGGGUGAACUGCGUCUGCUCCCCAACCGCCAGGACCAUUGGGCUGAGAACAUGCAGCAGAGGCUGCUGGGAUACCUGAGUGGUGCUCACACCCUUCUGAGCAUGUGCAGAGAAGAGUUUGUGCGACAGGAGUGUCACCUGGGUGAGAUCAUGAGUUCACUUCCUGCCGUGUUGAUUCGGAACCAUGAGCGACAGCAGGGGGCGCUGCUGAGACAGGAAGUAAGUCGCGCCAAACUGGAGUUGGAGGAGACGAUGAGCACGAGCGAGACAGUUAAGAUGUCAAAGGUCAAAGAGUUGCGAGCGUGGCUCAGGGGGGAGAAGCUGCAGGAGCUCAUCAGGGUAGAGAACAAGCGACAGGAAGAGUUGCAGAGCGCCAUCUGCUGCUGCCACAAGAAGCUGCAGGAGUAUGUGAAGGUCAGGAGGGAGCAGUUUGUGUCAUCGCUGAUGGUUCUGACGGAGGGGCUGCUUCGCCACAUGGACCAGCUGUUGAUGCCCAACGGAGUGGCGCACGGCACCGCAGUCAGGGCCUGGUCCACUGUGCCCGUGGCCAUCUCCACCUCCAUCGCCAUGUGCAAGGUGGCCAUGGGAAAUGAGAGAGACGCUGCUGUGAAGAGCUUCGAAGAGCUGUGCAGGACACUACUGUCUGACUCCGACUCAGACAAACGAAGACGCCUGAACGAACUGGAGAGCUGGAGGAAACACUGGAGGCACCAGAUACACACCCACACUGAGACACACACAUGAACACACACACACACUGGUGUAACACCUUUAUUAAAAGUUUUAUUAAAAAGAACAUUCCCAUCAGUCACAGAACAGUUUGUGU